GCUCAGCUGCUGAAAAGUAGGCUAGCUUAAAGCACACAAAGUUCAGAAGCCAGCGUCGUAUUUGGGUACAUUAUUUGCCCAGAAAUUGUGGUCAUGGAGGGAAAACGUUCAUCUUCAGGGAGACAGAAACGAGUGUCCCGCUCUCCAGAAGCCAACUACUGGGACUGUAGUGUCUGCACCUAUCGUAAUAGAUCAGAAGCUUUUAAAUGUGAGAUGUGUGAUGUCAGAAAGGGUACUUCUACUCGAAAGCCACGUUUGAAUGCACAGGUAGUUGCACAACAGAGAGCCCAACAAUUCAUGGCCCCUGGAACUGGUCUACACCAACCGAAACACCUCAGAAAACAAGGUUUAAAUCAAAGGAAAAACAGACCAAGAUUAAAAAACGUUGACCGAAGUAGUGCUAUAUCAACUCAGGUUGUGGUGAAUGAUGUGUCUGUGAUCAUCACAGAAUAUAGAGCAAAGGCUCACACAAGAGUUUCACCUGAAUCAGAUGAUAAUACCUCUUCAGGAGAUCAAACAACGAACAACAUUAAUGGAGUCUAAGGACAGGUUGUGCACAUUUUUCUAUUAUAGCAUUUUGUAAGACUGAAUUCAUUUGUAACUGAAAGGUUAAAAAACUACUGAAGGGAGUUAUUAUGACUCUGAUAUGCUGCUUUACCUGCAUUGAGAAUGGAGAUGAAGUGGUGGACUUUGAAGGAAAAGUAGCUUGUAUGGUGCUGUAAACAUGUCAUCUGGAUUCUCAUUGUUAUACUUGUUGCUUGAAACUAGUGGCACUGGGAUGGGAUGCUCUUGACAUCCAGAGGUUUGGAGGGGCAAGCGAAUACAAAGGCUCUUCCCUCUAAACAUUUUUCUGUCCAGAACAUUCCAGUGCCACUGCCUGAAGCUAUUAUGUUUUUAUGUAAUUGUAGAUAAUUCAGAAUUGAAUAUUGUUAGUUUAUCAGGAUUGAUGUCACAAUAUCAAAAUGCUGUCAGAGUCACUGCAGUUGAAUGAAUAAUAAUCUUUGAAACAGUUAGGAGCAUUAGAUCUUGCUUUAUGAUAGUCAAUUCUCUAAGCUUAAAAUCAAGUUUAUCGUGUGAUUGUCAGAUCCUAUGCUGUUAUGUGUGUAUAUUCCUCUUCAAGGGGGAAAAUUGUAUAUAAUGUAAGAGGAGAAAAUAGCUCUUGCCAAAAAUUAUUUAACCUUUCACUCUAAAUGAAAAAAUAAACUGUUCAUCAAGGUGUUUUUGUUAGGAAGAUUAUGUCUAUGAUAAAUAUUAGUAUCUUUCCAGAAGUAAAACAGUCUUUGAUUUGAUGUAUAAAGAUAUUUAAAAAGAUUAAUGAGGAUAUUUUUUUAAUUCAGGUUUACUAAAUACAAAAUGUAUUUGCUUGUAACUUGGUCAUUAUGUGACACUUAAAAUGUUUAUUAAAUUUCUGUCAUUUACUUAAUUAAAAGAAAAAUCAGGGAAGGCCUUUAACCAAUAUGCUGGUCUCCAACAGGACCCUGUAACAAUAUUAAGACAUUAUGACAUAAGAAAGACAAAACGUAGACACUAGUAGAAUGAUCAUAACUCUGAGGUGGUAAGUAAAUUAUGAAAAGGUGAAUAACAAUGAAUCUGGAUUCAUUUGAAUUCACUUUAAAGCAUGAAAUUAUAUUUAAUCAAUAAAUCUGCUUGUAUUGUUAAUGAAAGGUAAAUGUCCAGAUGCGACAGCUUCUUCAAAAUAGAUUAUUUUUUUUUUUUUACUGCCUCCCCCCUUAAAGGACAAGUC